UUCCUGAAUCCGGUUCACUUUUUUAAAAUUGCUCUUCUUGAAAUACAGCUGGCCAGCCUAUAAAGCAGGUCCCAUUCCUCUCCACAGUACAGAGCAACUUUGGACUUCCACGCCUUCGCUCCUUCUUGCAGAAAUGGGAACUUGGACUGCUCUCUGUGCCUUCCUUCUGAUUGCCUUCAUCCAUGGUGAGUUUAGACUGAUUUAGUGUUUUGAAUAGGGAAAAUAAGAAUUCAAGGACUUUUAAUAAAUUGACAAGCUUUUUUACACCAUGUACAGCUAUCCUUAGCAAGUGUUAAGCAUACAGGCAAAUUAGAUUAAAACUUGAAGAUGAUGUCAGUAAUGAUUGAUUGCCCAAGAAAGUAAUUAGGUGUUCAUUUUUCCUCUGGAUCCUGUGCAUGCCUAUCUGAAAGGAAGCUCCACAGAGUUCAGCAGUGCAAUUGAUUGGGGAUGCAUCCUGAAAACCUCUUAACUGUUGAAUGCUUCUUUCUAACAAUGGCAGGCCUAUUACUCCACUGGUGGGCAACCUAUUUGUUUUGUAUUUGCUCCAAUGGGCUGGUAUAUUUGCUCUCACCUUUCGGGAGAAAUGUUUCUGAGCCAAACAGCGGCUCAUAGCCAGAACAAUAUACCUUGUUCUUGUUCCUUGGAGGAAAUCCAACAAAGGCUGCUGUGGGAUGCUCUAAAGUACAGAAUAUCAUGUCAUCAGGGAGUGAGCUGGGCUAGAUGGCAUAUGGGAUUCAUUGGACUUGUGAAUCAAUAGCUCAUAACUGACAUUUUUAUAUCAUUUCUCUCCUGUGUGGAGCAAUUCCUACAGUGCAAAGAUUUUUAGCAGUUUGAGAUAGCACUGACUUAGCACAGGGGCCUUCAGUCUCUCAGCCUACCAUCUAUAACAUGGGAAAGGAUAAUAGCAGACAGUGACCUAUAAUACAGCAUUACCUCUAGUUCACACUCUCUCCCCCCCCUUGUGCUCAGUUACUGUCCCAUCCUGAUUUGGGAAGCUUGCCCACUGUGUCCGAACUGGGGAAAUUAUGCUUGAAACCUCUCCAAAGCUGUGGUUUCUGAUUAUCCUUUGAAGGCAAAUUAUGAUUUGUCCAAAGCAGCAAGGGAAACAACUGGAGCAUGAGAGAUUUGUAGGCUUAGCACAUUGAAAAGGAAGAAUGGGGGGGAGGGGUUGCCAUGGGUAUGUUUACAAACCAGGGAAAGUAUGAAUAUUACAUGCACAAUGUGCACACAUGCACACACACACGGCAACCAAGCACAUGCAAUGCAAUCACACAAAUGCACGCUCACUUCCUCCCCAUCAGCAAUGGCACAUUUCAGACAGGCAAGAGCACUCAGAGGUGGUGCAGGGAUGGUCAGGUAAGGGAUGUGGUUUAAGGGGCAGAGAUUGCCUGGAGAGUCUCUAGGACUAGAAAGACAACUGGAGGGCUGCAUUUGGUCUCCAGGGCUGAAGUUUCCCAUCACUGGGGCAGAAGAUAGCAGUGCCAUUUGGUUUACGGCCACCAUGUUCAUUAGUACCCGUGCCUCUUUGUAAACAAAGAGAAUAGGAUUCUAGGAGUGUGCAAGAGUUUGAAAUGCAGGGUGACCAAAUCAUUCGACUUAACUUCUUAACUCCAUCUUGGUUCCUUCUCUUUGCCUCAGGUACCUGUUCCCAAACAUGCCUUUGUGCCCGUGGCUUUUGUGAGAGGGGCUGGGUGCAGUAUCAGAAUGCCUGCUAUAAAGCUGUGACACAACCAAUGACCUGGACUGAUGCAGAGGCAAGUGAUUGAUGUGAUGUCAAAGGGGACAGAAACAGACCGGUCACACGUCCUUGACUAGACCAGAUUUGUAGGAGAAGUGGAGGCUGCUCUGUGGAAAAACAUAUUGCAGAGGUCUUUGCUGUCCUUUUGGGGAAAAUAAAUAGUGAUUACCUAGAAAUACAAUCGAUUUGUCCACCAACCUUUUUAUUUUUGGACAUACUGUGGAAAACACAAAACUGAGGUCAGAUUAAAUGCCAACACUUAUUUCCUGCCAGGCAGACACACAACUCUCUCUUUCCCCCUUGGCAUAUCAUCUACUGGCAAUUACUUGUGUCAUAAUGAUGCAAUGCUCUGCCCCCCAGCUCUCCUUCGCCCCCCCCCAAAAGAGGACAGCCACUGAUGUUUAUCAGGGAGCAGGGAAAUAUGUCACCACGUAGCCAAGCACUGCCACAUAUUAACAGAAAUUAAGCAGGAGCAAAGCAGGUACCAUUCUCAGCCAUGGAUGUGCUCUGAUGCCUUCACCCGACACUUCUCAAUGAGAUUUUCCCCAUUGCUUUCCAAACCACAAAAAGUCUGUUUCUUCUUUCAAAGUUAAUUUGUUUGCAUUAGUGCAUUUUAGUCCACUUUAAUUGUGCACACCUCAAUACAAUGCAAAUCUUUAUUAUGGUCAUAGACCAGCAUAAAAGGGUGGGAUACAAUCAUUUAAAAUCUGAAAAGUGUUUUGGAAAGCUAAAAGGUAUUAAAACAGAAGGUGAAUAUAAAAGUCUAUAAGAAUUUAAAAGCUAAAAGAAGGGAUAGGAGCACUGGACAGGUGUGGAAGAGCAUAAAAGGUGAUACAUAAAAUACUUUAACUAUUAAUUUACAGAGCACUCUGAUAUGUUCAUUAAAUCUGGUUUGUGGCACAGGUCAUCAUCCUCCAACGAAUUUUGAGUGCUGCUGUGCAGAAUCUAGCAACAUUGUAUGUUGUAGCAGGAUUGGUAUCUGAGAGCAGCAGGGAGUUAUAGAAUUGCCCUGUGAGCCCUGGGUACUUAUGAAGUAGUGGGGAAAUCAGGCUAUAGUAGGGAAAACAGGCUAUAUACCUCAAUUGAUGGCAUGCGCUUGAAUCCCUCCAGCAGAAAGGUGACAGUCUCCGGAGGCAGUCCUAAACACACAAAGAACACCUUGAUGCACAUAUACAAAGUGCAGGACUCCCCACACACAAACACACGCAGUCACAGCACCCCUGCCUUUAAACCACCCACCCAACUACCCAACUGCUUCUGCUUUGCUGCCAGUUAUUUUGCUCUGGGAGGAGCCUCCACUCGCUAAACAACCGAGUGCUGAAUGAUUUGCCCUUCACAAAAGCAUCUGAUUAAAAGGUGAUAGUUGAAACCAUGUGAAUACAUGACGGAUCUGCACCAAAGCAGUGAAGGGCAAGCUUUUCUAACAUCCUUAAUUUGGGGGGCAAAAUUAAAAACAGCAAAAUGAUAAAUGGGAAGCAUAUUUUGAUGAAAGCAAGAACAGUUGCAACCAAAGGAGCUCUAUACUUCAUUACAAAACAGUUAUACUAAUGCAACACAGCUGUUCUACUUCAUCAGAUUGAUCCGAAGUUUUUGUUGCUUCACAGGUAACUUAGAGAUCAGCGUGUAGAGAUUUUAAUAUAUUAAGUGGCUUAUGAAUGCCUAUAAAUAAAUAACAAAUAACUUCUCUCUAUGUCAAUUUUCAAACUAGAAAGGAAAAUCGUCUUGGUUUUAUAAAUAAUGGAAUUUUUAAGCUUUCUAAUGGUACUGUGCUGAGAUACACAGUUCUUAUGGUUGUGGGGAAAUAUUUGAAAGUAUUUAGACACCAACUGCAUUGAUUUUCAAAGUCUACAUAAGAGGGAGGCGUUGCACAGAUAUUUGGUUCUUGUGAAACACACCUUUUUUUGUAAUUAAGCAGGAAGUGAAUUAUUCCCCUGUGCAUUUUCCCCAGAUGGCCUGCCAGAGGUAUGACAGGGACUCUCACCUAGCCUCCAUCCACAGCCCAGAAGAGAAUGACUUCAUUUUUCACCUGAUGGGCAAGCCACUGGAUUACACCAAAGGAAAGGCCUACUGGAUUGGUGCUCAUGACACUUUCAAGGUACACUAUGCUGACUUAGCCAUUCAGAAUAGCCAAAAGUUCAGCUUACUUAUAUAUAUAUUUAUAUACGCUGUUUGUGAUCCACAUUGGGAGGGCUUUGCCCUGAAAGGUGGCAUAUAUUUUCCCCCAUUUUUUCCAUGGCUUUUUAUAGGCCUAGUACAAUAUGCAAUGGGACGCAGGUGGAGCUGUGGGUUAAACCACAGAGCCUAGGGCUUGCCGAUCAGAAGGUCGGUGGUUCGAAUCCCCGUGACGGGGUGAGCUCCCGUUGCUCGGUCCCUGCUCCUGCCAACCUAGCAGUUCAAAAGCACGUCAAAGUGCAAGAAGAUAAAUAGGUACUGCUCUGGAAGGAAGGUAAACGGCGUUUCCGUGAGCUGCUCUGGUUCGCCAGAAGCAGCUUAGUCAUGCUGGCCACAUGACCCGGAAGCUGUAUGCCGGCUCCCUCAGCCAAUAAAGCGAGAUGAGCGCUGCAACCCCAGAGUCCGCUGCGACUAGACCCACCUUACAAUAUGCAAUGUGGUCCCCCCCCCCUUUUUUUUUUGACUUAGCAAGCCUUUCUUUCUGUGAAUGUUUUAGCUCAAGAUUCUGUUGAUCUUUCCUUAGGAAGGAGACUUUGUCUGGACAGAUGGUUCCAAAUUUGAUUACCGGACGUUUCCUCCUUCACAGCCUGAUGGACUGGCAGGCGAACACUACUUGGGAUCCUGGGUUUUGCAAAAUGGUGAAAAACAAACUCCCCUCCCCUGCAAAGCGCUUUUUUGGGAGGGAUCAGGGAUUUGCUUAGGCAUGCGUAUGUCUCUCUGUGUGUGCUUAUACACUGGGAACAAGGGUAAUAAAAAAGGAAGUAGACCCUGGGGGGUGAAAGAAUCCACAGAAGCUGAGCAGACAAAACAUGAGAGGAGAAUAUUUUGUUAAUGACAUUGUGAAGAUGCCCUAUAAAAAGUGAGUGAACUGUUCUACAAUAAAUGUCCAGUAUGGAAGCAGCCAAGAUUUCUCAGUAGUAUCCUGUGGCUCCUUUGCUAGAAAACAUGUGCUUCUUUUUUGGGGGGGAGGGAGCUCCUGUAAGGGAGUCUCAUAUUUUAACUGUUUCAUGGCAGGCUAGCAUGAUGCAGCAGUAUGGAUAAUCAGUUGGAACCUAAUCAAGUUUCUCAGAUCUUGGAUCCAUGCUUUGGAGUUGUUCGUGGCACUGACAACAUUUGUGACUUGACCAUUCCUCCUUCCCUCUGUCUCUCUCAGGAUUUGUGACCUGGAAUGACUAUGCUGUUUCCUGGAAAUUCCUAUCAGUUUGCAAAUACUCCUUGGGAAGUAGGUGAGAACUGGGUUCAAUCUCUUUGGAAAUUUGAUCUACUCUUACUAGUCCAAUGAACUUCUUGGGAUGAGCACAGGGGAGCAAAACAGCUUCUAGCUAAAGUUCCUGCAGGGCUGUUUCUCCAGUUAGGACAAGGGUCCCCAAACUGUGCUUCAUUCAGGUGGUCCAUGACAUGCAACCCGCCCUAGAACCUUAUGGUGAAGUCCAUUAAAUUAAUCGUAACUAGCAAGAACAAUAAUUUUGGGGAUUGUUUCUGUGUAAAUAUGUACAGGCUCUGGUUGCAUACCAGGCUAAAGUCUGGUUGUCAUGCUCUCAUGUUUUGACCAUCAGAUGUUCUUCUUCCCUAAGCCACGGGUGCUGUGCAUCGGAAGGAUUCAGAAGGGGAGACUGAUGUGAAAUUGCUGGUGUGAAAAAAGGCAGAAGGUGGAAUCCUGGGAUGUUUCUUCUUCCUGUCACAACCUUAACUUGCUUCUUUGUUUCUUUGUCGAGCGUUGCAGCGUUAUGCAAGGUCAUUUCGAGAUCAGAGCCCUGGCCAGUGGCUUCCAUACAACAGGGAGAAAUUGAGUUGUAGUAAUUGGAGACCUCUAAAGAAGAAGAAAAGGUUGCGGUCCAAAUGAGCUUUUCCAUUUGAGCCAUGAUCAGGGACCUGUCAGUGUCCACAUUUUGCUGGACUCAAAACUCCUAUCAUCCUUGAUGCCUGCUGACUGAGUCAGAUGGGAGUUAAGAGUCCAGUAGAAUUUGGGCGGCUACAGGUUGCCCAUUGCUGUAGUAGCAGGAGCCUCAGUGUUAACCUAGCACAACAGGCAUACCCAGUGCGUGAUUUGGGCCAGUAGAAGUGUUGCACCCUGUCGACCCUGUCACAUACUGUUUUGUUUCUGCCAAUCCAAGAACAUUUGGAAAGAACCAAAUCCCCCACCUUGGAAAAAGAACCAUUUAUUUCCUUUCUCUGUUUGCUUUCCAUCUUUUCCUCUUGCCAUUUUGAAAUGUUCAUCUUUCAUCCAUGUGCUCCCAUCAAAAAUCAACACUGUAUAAUACCUGUUCAUUAAAGACCAACUCUUUUAGCACUGCU